CAAUUCUUGAUGGUCCAGGUAACACUGGCACAACACAAGCUUCUUCACCCACGGCUCAGCAGUCACUAAGCCUAUCUUCUUCCCUUGCUUUCCCUCUCUUCCUCUUGUCACACCAGAAACAGAAAACCCAGAAAACUCCAUAGCUAAAAACCUCAAAACUCACGAAAAUGGCUUCAAUCAACUUAGGUCCAUUUGGCGAACACUUCUUCCACUGGUUCGAAAAACCCCCACACCCAAUCUCAUUUCCCAAUUUUCUCUCUCUAACUCUCUCCCAAAACCCUCCUAAACCUCUCUUCUCCUCCCUCUCUCUCUUCGACCUCAAAAAACCAAGCCCAAAAACCCCCCCGAAACCCUCAAAACCAGGAAAAUACCAACAAAUGCUGGACCAAUUCUGGUGGGAAUCUGAGAAUUUACCCGAUUUUCGACACACCCCAGAAGUCGAAAAGAUUUUGAAUGAAGACCCAGUUUUCGAAACCAAAGAAAACCCAACUCCAGAAGAAAUUGAAGAGAACAAAAAAUGGUGGGAAGAGUUUAGGGAUAGCCCAGUAGUUCAAUUUUUAACUAGGGCUGAGGAAAUUGCUGAUGCUUAUAAUGAAAGGGAGAUUAAGAGGAAUGAGAAACCGUAUAGAGGAGAGGAUGCUAAGCUUUGGAAGGAGGUUCCUCAUGUUACUGGGUUAGAUGGUAGGCCAAUGCCUAGAAAAGCUAUACAGUCUCAGGAGGAAUCGGAUGAUAAGUUUUGGGAUUUUACAAAGCAGUUCUUUUUUGGACUAUGGGGUUUCCGGCAGCGGCCGUAUCCCCCCGGCAGGCCGAUUGAUGCUGCUCAGGCCAUUGGGUAUAAGCGGCUCGAAAAGCGGUAUUAUGAUUUUAUAAUGAAGACGGGUGGUUGGUACUACAAGGAUCGUUUGGGUCGUACACGAGGACCAUGUGAGCUGAUUCAACUUAAGACUGCAUGGGGUGCUGGCAUAAUCGAUACUCAUACUUUCAUAUGGGGAGAGGACCAGGAUGAGUGGGCGCCUAUAGGCAUGAUUUAUGGCUUAGAGCGGGCAAUUGCCACUUGGGAAGUCAGGUUCGGAGCAGCUGCUACUGCAUUUCUCCAUAAACUUCAGAAAGGAAGGUCACCUUGGGUUCCAUUGAAGGGGUUUGAAAAGAAAACCUAUAAACAACUGCAAGAGGAGGCUGUAGAAAGUAAGAAUCGUGAUUUGGCCGUACUUGAAGCUAAUGAUGGAUUUUGGCCUGGAGUAAGAACUCCAAGUCACGCUCUCUUUCUGUGGGCUAGUGGUUCUGAGCUAACAACAAUAUUGGAAUCUGAUCACAUGCCAAAUAAAUUUAUACCAAAACAUUUAAGGCAGCAAUUGGCUAAAGUUAUCCCUGGAUUAAGGCCAUGGGAGGUCCUAAGUGUAGAACAAGCCAUGGAUCAACUAACAUAUGGCAGAGAAUGGUAUCGUGAGCCUCUUGGCACUUAUACAACUGGUCCUCCAUAUAUAAGGAAAUGGAACAGAGAUGUCAAGAAGUUGUACAAGGUAUUUGUGGACCUAAGUUUCAAGGUGCACAAAAAACUGGAGCGUACAAUCCCCGGUCUUGACCAAGUCAUUAAGAAAGUGGAGGAAGAUGCUAGUGCAAGAGAAGAAAGCAGGUAUAAAAGGAGGCAAGCAGUGAAGGAAGCUGAGGAUGAAGCAUACUUUGCACGAUUUCGACGUAAUCAAUAACAGAAUGCAUCAAACAAAUACCCGCUUAAUCUUCUUGAAUUCGGCUGAAGAUGAUAGUAAGAUCUCGCUUUAGGCUUUAGGCUUUAGGCUUUAGGCUUUAGGCUUUAGGCUUUAGGCUUUAGCUGCUGCCGAGGAUGUUGGUCUUUUUCUGUAGGAAAAGGUUUGUUAAUCAGAUCCACUAUACGGCUGUACGUAGUGUUGGAAUCCUUCUCUUUUUCCUCUUGUAUAUCAUGGAGUAAUAAUCUCUACUAUUUCAUCAUUGUCUAUUGCAAUUUCUGCUACUUUUACAGUCA